GAACUUCCCAGCUUGAAAGGAUUGUUUAUUGGUGAGUGGGGAAGUCGAAGAGUUGCGGUAAACGACGACUCUCAAGUCUUCUUCUUCUUCCCAAGUUUCCUAUUCUGUUGUAUUAUAAGUUAUUGUCCUAUAUAAUUAUGCAAUAAAAGGAGGUACCGGUAUAUGUUAGAAAAAAUAUUAAAAAUGAUCAGAAAAAUGUGGGUGAUUUGGGUGAUGAUGCUGUUAUGGUGGCCAACAACAAGCUCUAAUGUAAAACCUGGUUGCCAAGAAAAGUGUGGGGAUGUGAGCGUUCCUUUUCCCUUCGGAAUCGACAACCUAUACUGCGCCAAAAACGAAAGUUUCUUGCUAAAAUGCAACCGUAGUAAAACCCCGGCCACACUGAUGUUUGGAGAAAACAUUGCAACUCUCAAUAUUUCAAUUGAAGAGGGCAUCGUUGUUGCAAGCAUUGACUCAGCUAUGCGCUGCUACAAUGAAUCCGGGUUAAUGCAGGAGACCAUUUUUGAUCAAAGUAUCGAUCUGGGAGGUGGCCUAUUUAGGUUCUCAGACACCAGAAACAAGCUCACAGCUUUCGGCUGUGAUACUCUGGCCGGAAUGGGUGACUGGAAUGGGAGCUUUGUGAGUUUCUGUGGCUCCUUUUGCUCAGACAAUCGGUCUGUUUCUAUGAAUAUAACUGGAGAUUCUUGUUCAGGCAUUGGUUGUUGCCAGACUCCACUUCCUAAAAGUCUCAACUCAUUAAAUAUAACUCUCGAUACCAUAGAAAAUCACAAACAAUGUUGGAAAUUCAAUAAGUGUGAUUACGCAUUUUUAGCGGACGAGAGUUUUGAUAUUUCAGAGUUUCGACAAUCUCUUGAACGACGUCAGAUGAUGAAAUCAAAUAUUACCAUUGAAUGGGUAGCUAAAGAAGAGACUUGUGAAGCUGGUAAAAAUUCGCCCGAUUAUGCCUGUGGUCGUGAUGCUCGGUGUGUUUAUUCCAAAAAUGGCCAAGGAUAUCGUUGCUUAUGCAAUGAAGGAUUUAGGGGAAACCCUUAUCUCCCGGAAGGCUGUGAAGACUUUAACGAGUGCGAAGAACCAGAAAAUUACCCAUGUGAAGGUACUUGCAAGAACACACUGGGGAAUUACACAUGCAGCUGUCCGCUUGGCAUGCGAGGAGAUGGUAAAGUCGGUUGUCAAGGAUAUCGUAUACUUACAAUUGCUGCUGUUGCUGGAGCAACUAUUUUCGUUGUGAUUAUUGGAGUUCUGGCUUUUAUUGCAUUCAAACAAAAGAAAAAGGAGAGGAAUUUCUUUGAAAAUGGGGGUAUGAUAUUGAAGAACCAACGUGUGAGGAUCUUUAGUGAAGCGGAGCUAGCAAAAGCUACUAAAAAUUAUGAUACUAGCCAGUUUCUUGGAGAAGGUGCUUAUGGUUUUGUUUACAAAGGAGUUUUACCUGACAAGACACAAGUUGCAGUCAAGAAGUCUAAAGAGGUGGACAAGACUCAGAUAAAUCAAGAAUUUCAAAGGGAAAUUGGGAUUGUUUCACAGAUUAACCAUAAGAAUAUAGUCAAGCUCUUGGGUUUGUGUUUGGAGACUAAAGUGCCUAUACUGGUAUAUGAGUUCAUCUCUAAUGGAACUUUGUCUCAUCAUAUCCACGACAAACGGUCACGACUUCUAAAGACAUGGAAGAACCGUCUCAAGAUUGCUGCAGAAAUUGCGCUCGCACUUGACUACUUCCAUUGUUUAGCAAACCCUCCAAUAAUUCAUGGAGAUGUCAAGUCAGCUAAUAUACUCUUGGACGAAAACGGCACAGCGAAAGUAUCUGACUUCGGGACUUCAGUGUUAAUAUCGCCUGGGCAAAACCUCAUGGUAUCCAAAGUACAGGGCACUUUUGGUUACUUAGAUCCUGAAUAUCUAAUGACUGGUAUCUUAACAGAAAAGAGUGAUGUUUAUAGUUUUGGAGUCGUUCUCGUAGAACUUUUAAUGGGGAUGAAGCCUGGCAGUUGUGUGUCAUAUGGGAAGAACAUUAAUAUGAUUCAAUACUUUAUGUCAUCAUUAGAAAACAAUAGUCUCAAUCAGGUUUUAGGGUUUGAAGUAUCUGAUGAUGAUGCUGAAAUGGAAGAGAUAGAAGAAGUUGCUGAGCUUGCAAAGAGAUGCUUGAGUAGUAGCGUCAAAAGGCCUAGUAUGCAAGAAGUUGCUGAGGAGCUUGUAAGGCUGAAAAGGCUAAAUUACAAUUUUUCGGCGCAGCAGAAUAAUGAAGAGACUGCCAAAUUGUUAGGUGAAUCGUCAUUUUCAAAUCUUGAGAUUACUCAACAAGACACUCAUAGUGUGAACCUAUCAGAAAUUGACAAUUACAGUGAUAGUAUUUAACAUUUAUCCAAUUUCAUGUGUAAUUAAUAGUAUUACAUGCUUUUUUUUUUUUUUUUUUUUGUUUAUCGGGUGUUCAGGCUAGUUUGCGGUGUCUAUUGAACACCCUACAAGUCUAAUGGAUUAGAUAAGUCAUAAAUAUAAUAGAUGACUAUUUUGUGUGACUUAAAUAUAAAAUCUUUGAGUAACCCACAGUUUUGCCAUCCGGUCACAAGUCAAGUGGUUAUAGUAUUAUAUGGUUUCAAUAGUAUGUUUAAAAAUAAGGCGAGGUCCAUAACUCAAACUUUACUUGUAUAAUGCUAUUUCUGCUUAACUCUUACUA